GGCGGCAGAAGCACGGGACCCCUCGCUCUUCCCAACUGGGCCUGAGAGCGGCGGCGCUCGGACCUCGGGCGGGGAGACCCAGCUCCCUCCACCCGCACCGGCCCGAGACGCGCGUGCGCCGCGCACGCAGUUGGCGCCUUUGGGCCCCCUGUGCCCUUUCCUUUUCUUUCUUGUCUCUUUUUACUCUACGCCCCGUUUGCCCGGCCGCAUCUUCUGGCAGUGCUCUCCAGCAUCCUUCCUUCCCGGACUCGGGUCAGCAGUGCCCAGUUUCUAGAGCCGCGAGGGUACCCUGUUCCUUCCUAUAAAUGAGUCCAAAGUCGGAGGCCCUUGGAGACACCAGAACUUGCUCCCUUGGCCUCCACCGGGAUCGCUCACCCUAUCUCCGCGCCAUUCUCGUGUGCAUCCAGGUGGGAUGGAGGCGCAGAGGUCUUAGACUUGGCCCCUACGCGGGGGCGGUGCGGGAACCUGCACCGAGCCCAGUUCGAGCGGCAGGCAGGCUCCCGUUGGAGAACCAGGAUCGAAACGUUUGGCUUCGUGCCCCAGCGCCCUGCUAGGCCCUGUGUGGGAAUGAAUGGCAUGACUCUGGAAUCAGGCACAGACUGGCCUAUAUGAACCCGAUAGCAAUGGCCAGAUCAAGGGGUCCAAUCCAGUCUUCAGGUCCAACGAUCCAAGAUUAUCUGAAUCGACCAAGGCCUACCUGGGAAGAAGUGAAAGAACAGCUAGAAAAGAAAAAGAAAGGCUCCAAGGCAUUGGCUGAAUUUGAAGAAAAAAUGAAUGAGAACUGGAAGAAAGAACUAGAAAAACACAGGGAGAAAUUACUAAGUGGGAGCGAGAGCUCAUCCAAAAAAAGACAGAGAAAGAAAAAAGAGAAGAAGAAAUCUGGUAGGUAUUCAUCUUCUUCUUCAUCGAGCUCUGAUUCUUCCAGCAGUUCUUCAGAUUCUGAAGAUGAGGAUAAGAAACAAGGAAAAAGGAAAAAGAAAAAGAAGAGCCGUUCACAUAAAUCUUCUGAAAGCUCCAUGUCAGAAACUGAAUCAGAUAAUAAGGAUAGUUUAAAAAAGAAAAAGAAGUCAAAGGAUAUAACUGAGAAAGAAAAGGAUGUUAAAGGACUCAGCAAAAAAAGAAAAAUGUAUCCUGAAGAUAAACCUUUAUCAUCUGAGUCCCUAUCAGAAUCAGAUUAUACUGAGGAGGUACGAGCAAAAAAGAAGAAGAGCAGUGAAGAACGAGAAAAAACAACAGAAAAAACAAAAAAGAAAAAGAAGCAUAAGAAACACAGUAAGAAGAAGAAAAAGAAGGCUGCUAGUUCAAGUCCUGACUCACCAUAGCAUUAAGAAGAGAAUCAGGAUUCGCUUAGAAAGAAAGUGCAAUGUGUCUAAGGAAAUAUCAACUGUGAAAAUAAUGACAUAUUUACUAAAAUGCAUGAAUUUUUUUGUUUUUAGAAUUAUUCCUGGACUAUUCAUUAGCUACUCAGAUGCCGCUGUAUGAAAGGGCCGUAAUUGUUGCCUGCUGCUUGAACAUCUCUUUUUUUCUCUUCCAGUGCUUGAUAACUGGAGAUAAUAAUAACACUGCAGUCAUACUAGUGGUUAAAAUAAUUUGGGAAUAAAGUUAAUAUUUUUGACUAGAAGGUAUCUAAUGAUAAAUCAACAGAAAUUGAAUCUGGAUACAUCAAGAUUUAAUCAGAGAUGACCAGGUGAUUCUAGUUAACAUUUUUUGAAGUAGGGAUUACAUUGAUAUUUCAAAGUCCUUACUCUGUAGAUAAGUGUAUUUUAAUUUUUUCCCCUUGUAUACUUCUAUUUACCUGGGGAAGGAGCUUUUAGUGUCAGGGGCUGGGGGGUGGUGGUUUGCUAUCACUUUAGCUAGCAGAAUAGCGUGCCUUUAUCCUCACACAUCUUAUUUUUGUGGACACAGUAGCCAUGCUUCAUGGGGAGGUCAGAGCUGGGUAUGGCAGUCUUGCCCUUUACUAAGCUUAGUGGCAUCCUUGGACUCUGUCAAAUGCUCCUUUGAGUGAACCAGAGAAGUAGCCUUUUGCAGCAUGAGAAUCUCGCCCCCAAAGCUCUGGGAUUUACCUCCACUUCAAUAAUACUGAAUGUUUUUUAGCAUUAGAAUGUGUUAUAACAUUUGAACAAAUUUUGACUACACUUUGGCUUUGGAAAGGAAUCAUUUCAAUAGACACUGGUACUUUUUGAACUUGAUAGCUGAAGAUUCAAAAAUGCAUGUUUUAUACUGUUAAGUUUUAACCAGUUAGGAAAAUUUUAUGUAACCAGUGAUAGUUAUUUUAUUUUUAUAUGAGUUUUGUUUAGGCUGUAAUGUUUAGCUUUUUAUUAACUCCUUAUUCUUGCUGUCUUAAAUUCCUUUCUGUCUUUAACAGCAUACUUGUCAAGAUAUUUAGCAUGUAAAAAGCAGGUUUUUGAUUUUUUUAAAUGUUUUUAACAGCUUCAUAUUGAAGCUGAGACUUACCAUAAAUAACUUGAGUGGCAGGCCUGGUAUGCUGUGUCUUGUUACAUAAAACUAUUGCCAGAAUCUUAGUAAAUAUAAUGUUUUAAAAGUUUGUAUAUUCACAACAGAUUAUGAGGAGUUAAAUUUAAGUGAAAAUUACAUUAUUUCUCUUCCUGUGUCAUAUUUUACUAAGAUUUUGUGCCUCACAUUUCCUGCUGAAUUGUUUACUAGUAAUGUUAAAAAGAAUUGAUAAAUCAUUUUCACUUUACAUUUUUAUAUAAUCACGUAACAUGAAAUAUAAUUUGAUGUACAAUUUUGCCUGUUACAGAGGGUGUGCUAAUUAUCGUGGUAUAUGGACAAAACAUUUUGGCAUGACAAGAAGCUGAAUAAAUAGCUAUUUUACUUAAAAAAUAGCUGUGUUCUUAUCAUCUCCCUUGAGUCACAGUAAAGUUAUAAAGAUGAAGGAAAACUAAUAGGUGUUAGAAGUGGUAGGUCAAUAAGACACUUUUAGCUAUAAGAAAUAGUACUUUUCUUGGUAAAUUUCCCUAAAUUUUCUGCUUAAAACUUCAUCAUCUUUCUUAAUAAAAGAAAUGUAUAUGCUC